AUGUUCGCUAAGAAGCUGCCGAAAUCGCAGCAUAGAAGCUCGGUAGCCCGCUACAACAUCACCAACAAGAAGGCACCGCAGCAAUCCAGCAUCCUAUCCCGGCAUCGCAGCACUUUGUCGGCUUCCGUGGCGCGGAGUCUUCGAUCGCUGGGGUGGCGACGGAGGCAACCGCCUCCGAUGGCGCACUGCUUGAAGCAUAAGGGCAAUUACAGCGAUGAGUUCUGGAUGCUCAGCUUUAAGGUGGUGCCUUGUACCAAGACGUACGCCCACUCCUGGUCUAGCUGUCCUUGCGCGCACCCUGGUGAAACCGCACGUCGCCGAGAUCCAACAUUGUUCAACUACCAGCCGGUUCUCUGCCCAAACGUGAAGUCGAAAUCAGGAUGCCCCGCUGGAGACUCGUGCGGCUAUGCACAUAACGUUUUUGAGCAAUGGCUUCAUCCCCAAAGGUAUAAAGCCCUCAUGUGCACGUACGGCAGCCAAUGCACGCGGCCCUCGUGCUUCUUCGCCCACAGCUUGGAAGAGUUACGGGUGCCCUGGAAGGGAGGGACGGGGACUUCGUCCGGCGGUGAUCAGCAACAAGCACAGCAGCAGCAGCAGUCGCAGCCGUUCCAGCGGAGUCCUGGAUCCUCCGGGGCGCCGUGUGACGGCGAUGCGGCCGGAGUCCUGGGGCAGCUGGGUGCGGCAGGCGGUGCAGCCGGCAGCGAAUCCGACGCCGCAGCGGCGGCGGCAGCCGCAGCUGCCGUACGCAGUGCGUCGGUGUCCGUGUCUGGGCAUGCAGCCGCGGCGGCGGCAGCCGCCGCCGGCGCUGUGAAUAGCGGCGGCAGCGGCAGUAUUCGGCCGCGUUUAGUGUUGCAGGCUUCUGCCGGUUUGCAGCAACAGCUGCAGCACAUGCAGCGAGGGGGGCUGUUGUCGGGAGGUGGCGGCGGCGGCGGUGUGCAUUCCGUGGUGGAUGUGCGAAUGGUGGCAGCUGGCAGCGCCGGACAGAGUCUCUCCAGCGACCACGCCCUACUGCUCAACACGGCACAGAGCUCAUAUCAUCAUCAUCCGCAGCAGCAGUCGCGACGCAGCCAGCAGAGCACGAGCAUCGGCUCCGUCGGCCCUGUGCAGCACCGUGGAAGCGUUACUGCCAGCGCCUCUGCACCGUACGAACUAGACACCUCGACGUUCGUACCGCUCGAAAGCACCUCCUUGGGCCUGGUUUCGGGGCCACCUAACCGAGUGCCAUCUUCCAGUCAGCUUCAAAGGACUCUCUCUAACGCCAGCACGCUGUACACGGGCCUGACGGAGGAGAUGCCGUUGACCGCAGCGCCAGCGACUGUCCCCAGCGGCACCGGCGGCGGCGCUGUAGGGACAACGGCUGACAUUGCGCUGGCGCCGUCGGAGUCCACGUCGGCGACGUCGUUGUACCACACACCAGGAUCCACCAGCCACCACCAGCUGACGCAGCCGCUAAUUGGGCCGUAUCACGUGAACCCGGCGGCGGGCCAGGGCGGCGGCGUUGGCGGCAGCGUCGGCUCCGGACCAGGGGGUUGGCUGUCGCACGUGCAGCAGCAGAGCGGCGGCCUCGACUUUGGGCAAACGGGCGGCGGUGGCGGCAGCGGUACGGCCUCUUUGGACUUCACGGGGGUCCCCCCGUCGACUUCCCUGGCGGCGCAUUCAUCUACCAACCUCCUGGACACGACGGAGGAAGCUGAACCCUCCGGCCUCUUGAGCGGCUGGGUCACUGUAGCUCUCCCGUCCGGCAGUCACCACCAAGUAGGACAAGGACAAACUCAGCAGCAGCAGCAGCAGCAGCAGCAGGUUAAGCAACCGGGGCUGCAGCUAGGGCCGGUAUCUCCCUUCACCAGCGGCGGCCAGCGGGCCGGGCCGCCGCCUCGAAGCUACAGCGCGAGGCUUUCGGAGGACCCCGCCACGGCGGCAGCAGCUGCAGUACAGCAGCUGCAGCUCUCCGGUACGGGGCAGCAGCAGCUGCAGCAGGGCGCCCAGCCAGCUGCUGGUGGGGGCAACGCUGCAGCUGCUGCUGGUGUACUGGGAGCGGGCACGUUUGGCAAUGGUGGCUUGAACCCACAGGUUCGGUGCAUUGCGGUGUGGUGUGCUGCACGUAUCGAUCCCGAGGUGGAGAUGCUGCUACUGUCAUCGCUACAGCUGCAGCUCAGCCACGCGGGCGUCGCCAGCCACCCCGUUGUGGCGUCCUUCCCUGUACGGACAUGGCUGCAGCAAGCGCUCCAGGGACGUGGCCAGGCCGCCACUCGCGCUUACCUCCUCGACCUCCUCGCCCAGUACAUGCCGCCCGACCAGCUGGGAGUCAUCCGGCGGCUACUGGACUGCCUAGAUGAGGCGGGGUCGCUGUUAAGCUGCUUCGCGGGCCCCGUCGUCGCGCCGCCGGCGGCCCAUGGGUCCGUGGCCGGGGGCGGCGUGGCGUCAGCUUCGGCACUGGGCGGGGGACCCGCGGGUACAGGCGCAGGGCCCAGCUGA